AUGAAAGCUUUAGAACCUUGUCACCAAGUUUUGGCAAAGGCGGAUUUGAAACUUGAAGAAAUUAAGCAAAGGCAAAGUAAUAUUAAUAGCGCAAGUUAUUCCUUAGGCGCAGCCGGUUUAAGCACAAAUAGAAGUCCUGCGCAUUGUAAGCUGCCAAAAUUAGCAUUACCAGAGUUUACGGGGGAACCCUUAGAUUGGCAGGGGUUCUGGGAUCAGUAUCAAGUGUCGAUCCACAGUAAUAUAAACAUAAGUGAUAUUGAUAAAUUCAAUUAUUUAAAAGGUUGUGUGAAAGGGGAAGCCCUUGCGGCUAUUUCAGGGUUGACUUUAACUUCAGAUAAUUAUCAGGAGGCAGUUCAGGUUUUAAAGGAUAGAUUUGGGAAUGAGCAGGUGCUCAUUUCUGCACAUAUGGAGUCUCUACUUAAAAUUAAUAAAAUUAAGUCAGUUGAUAACAUUAAGGGGUUAAGGAUGUUGUACAGUCAUGUUGAAAACUGUAUGAGGAACUUGAAAUCUCUUAAGCUUGACACCAGUGGGUAUGGCUCUCUUCUCAUUCCAAUUUUAAAGGACCGCUUGCCCGAUGAGAUUAAUAUGAUUAUUUCGAGACAGUUUUGUGGUAAAGUAUGGAACUUAGAUAAGGUCAUGGAAUUUUUUAACAAUGAGCUUCGUGCUCAAGAAGAUUGUAAUUUCUCAUUGAGUAAUAAAUCGGAUGGUAGAUCUGACAAUUUCAGGAAAAGGGAGCCCUAUACAGCAAGUGGGUUAUUCAGUCAAACUAGUAAAACCCCCUGUAUAUAUUGUAAUGAGGGGGACAUCUUCCAUCUAGGUGUAGUAAGGUCUCGAAUCACCAUUCUCGGAAAGACAUAUUGCGGAAAAAAGGGAGAUGUUUUAUUUGUUUAGAUUCGAGACAUAUAGCAAAAAAUUGUACGGCAACUUAUGUUUGUAAGCGGUGCAACAAGGGUAAACACCACAUUUCCAUUUGUGAGGCAGCGUCGGGCAGACGAAAUGCAAGUAAGGAGAAUGGGAGCAAAGAGGAUGAGGAGAGUAGGGAAUUUGUAGGUCAUACUGGCUGUGACCAGCAGGGAAUAUUAUUACAAACAGCUAGAGUACAGGUCUAUGAUGAGGAGAAUAUUGGUACUCAAGUAGCUACCAGGAUUUUGUUUGAUAGUGGAAGCCAGCGGUCUUACGUUUCUGAUAAGGUUAGAGCUAGGUUGCAGUUAAAGUCGAUCAGGUCAGAAAAGGUCAUAAUUAAGACCUUUGGUCAGGACAAUGAUAGCAAGGUUAAGAGACUAGAUGUCGUUCAGGUCAAAGUCAAGAAUAAAUCUGAUUCUAGGUGCACCAGUGUUGAGGCUUUAUGUGUUCCCACAAUUUGCAGCCCUCUUACUAACCAAUAUAUCUCAAAAACGCAUGAUUUGGAAGAAUUUGAGGACUUGGAAUUGGCUGACCAUGAAGGCGAUUCUCCAAACCUCCGAGUAGGAACUUUAAUUGGGGUAGAUUAUUACCACACGUUCAUGACAGGAAAGGUUGUGCGAAGUAAGGCGGGUCCAGUAGCAUGCGGAACUAAGGUGGGAUGGGUAGUAAGUGGCAAAAUUGGGACAGGUCCUCCUGACCUGCAUUGUUUCGAGACCCAUAUUCUACGUGCCUCAGUUGAAUGUAAACAAACAUCAGACGCUUUACGACAAGUUUUAGAUAAAUUUUGGUCCGUGGAGACUAUAGGCUCCUCCAGUGACUGUGUGGUCAGUCAGUUUGAAAAUGACAUAGGGCACGACGGGACCCGAUAU